UCACAUCCGGUUCAGCACCAUUGCUUGGCCCCGCUUCGCAAAUUUCCUGCCCACACCUUCUCUGGUGUCUUACCCUGCCAAGUUUGUGUCGAGAUGAAGUAGCCUAAUAAUAACACUGCUUUCCUCGCUCAUCCCUACAUUCGCGAUCGGACCCGCGGUCGGCAAGCAAGCGGACGAGGACGCGUCGACAUGCAAUGAAUAUGCAAAGAGACGGCUCUGCAAACCAGCACCCUCUUUCCUAUUAUUUCGGUGCUGAAUUUUACAUCGCAUCUUUAUUUUAAGCGGAGAGUCGCGAUAGAGAGCCGGACAGUUGAGGAGAAACAGAUCUGCAUGUGAUAUCUCUGGACCAGGUGGCAUCGGAGGCAGAAGAUGCAGCCUGCAAGCAAGCUCUUGAGUCUUACCCUCCUCGUAUUGAUGGGCACUGAACUCACCCAAGUGCUGCCCGCUAACCCCGAGGACUCGUGGCAGGUGUACAGUUCAGCGCAAGACAGCGAGGGCAGGUGUGUGUGCACUGUCGUGGCCCCUCAGCAGACCAUGUGCUCGCGCGACGCCAGGACCAAACAACUGAGACAGCUCCUGGAAAAAGUCCAAAACAUGACCCAGUCAAUCCAGAAUCUGGACCAGAGGACCCAGAAAGACCUGCAGUAUGUGCAGAGAAUGGAAGUUCAGCUUAGGGGCCUGGAAACAAAGUUCAAACAGGUGGAGGAAAGCCACAAGCAAAAUAUCGCCAAGCAAUACAAGGCCAUAAAAGCGAAAAUGGAGGAGCUUAGGCCAAUGAUUCCAGUGUUGGAGGAAUACAAGGCCGAUGCAAAAUUGGUAAUGCAGUUUAAAGAGGAGGUGAAGAAUCUGACGUCAGUGCUAAGUGAACUGCAGGAGGAGAUCGGAGCCUUUGACUACGAGGAGCUUCACAACAGGGUGUCAAAUCUUGAGGAGAGGCUCCGUGCUUGCAUGCAAAAAUUAGCUUGCGGAAAACUGACGGGAAUAAGUGACUCUAUAACCAUCAAGACGUCCGGAUCCAGGUACGGCUCGUGGAUGACCGAUCCUCUUGCCCCUGACGGCGACACAAGGGUAUGGUACAUGGACGGUUACCACAACAACCGCUUUGUCAGGGAAUACAAAUCCAUGGCCGACUUCAUGUAUUCCGACAACUUCACUUCACAUCGACUCCCUCACCCCUGGUCGGGCACAGGGCAGGUGGUCUACAACGGCUCUAUCUACUUCAAUAAGUUCCAAAGCAACACCAUCAUCAAAUUUGAUUUCAAGACUGCCACCAUCAGCAAAUCAGGUCAACUGGACUUCGCCGGCUACAAUAACCGCUACCACUACUCAUGGGGCGGUCACUCCGACAUCGAUCUGAUGGUGGACGAAAGCGGGCUUUGGGCCGUGUAUGCCACCAAUCAAAACGCGGGGAACAUCGUCAUCAGCAAGCUUAACCCAGCAACCCUGCAGGUCAUCAAAAGCUACACCACCAACCACCCGAAGAGGAGCGCGGGCGAGGCGUUUAUGAUCUGCGGGACUCUUUACGUCACCAACGGCUACUCAGGAGGGACAAAAGUGUACUACGCUUUCAGUACCAACUCGUCAACUUAUGAAUAUAUCGACAUACCCUUACAAAACAAAUAUUCCCAUAUCUCCAUGCUGGAUUAUAACCCCAGGGACAGAGCUCUGUAUGCAUGGAAUAAUGGGCACCAGGUGCUGUACAACGUCACCCUUUUCCACGUCAUUCGAUCUGAGGAGCUCUAAGUGUCCACAAAGUGACAUUCUCCAUCCAUACGAGAUAUACAGUAGCACCCAUGGAAUUUAUUACUGAAAAACAGAGUAUAGCCUAAUGAUUGUUCAAUAAAAGAAGACAUCAUCAUGUAUCAAAAGUAAUAGUUAAUGAACAGCUGCCAAAAGAUCUUUUUUCUGUUUUUUUAAGACUAUGAAUGCUUAGUCUAAGCUAUCUUUUAGGCUAGAUGACCCUGCUGGGAUUUUCUUAUCACAAAGUUCUUGUACAGCUUUAUCUACGGACAUGAACCCGAAUCACCCUGUUAAUAGGGGGUAAAAAUGUACGAUGCAAGAAAUAUGAUAUUUAGUUACGCCGUCACGUCCUUUGUAUCAAGAGCAAUCAAACCAACCGACAUCCACUAAAGAUCAGAAGGCACUGACUGUUGGAGACGCUCUGUUAAAUAACCGCAGUACGUUGUUGUGAUUGUAUGUAGAUUCUGACGUUCAUCGAGAUUUGCAUGGAGAUUUUUAGCACCGAGAUUCACAUGAUUGUUUUGACCCGUUUUGCAGUAUUUUGUGAAUAGGAGAUUAGAUUAGUAAUGGGUUUGCUAUUCUUCCUGCCAUGUUUACUUUUUGCUGUAUCAUUUGUAUUCAGGUUAUCUAUUAUUAUUUUUAAUUUGUGUUAAUAAAGUGACUUAAAUAGUAGGAUGGAUUGUAUGUUAAAGAAACUGGAAGUAUACAUUCAUAUAUAUAUACAGUAUAUAUAUAUAUAUAUAGGUUGUCAACCAAAAAAUGGGUCAAAUGACAUGACAAUGUAAAACAAAUGUAUUUAGAAGGUAGUAAUCUUCGACUGUAUUUUAAGACGGCUUUGUGUGUCUUAGAAGAAAUAGACGGCGGCAUCUAAAACUGUUACGCUUGCAUAUGUGUUGUACUUGCAAUGUGAUUCAUAUCAAUAAAGCCAGUCUUUAUUUUA